AAAUAAAAAAAAUGCCGAAAGACAUAUCCUCAUCGAGCGAAGAUGAAGCGGACACCACUGGUGUGGAAUCGGCGCCCAAACCGACAGAAUCCGAUAAGACUACAAGGUACCAGUGUCCUCCUGACUUUGUCUCUUUCUGCCACGAGCCUUGCAGCAGCACUCUCGCACAAAACCUCAAGAAGAACAAGAAUGAGUUAUGGCUCAUUAAAGCUCCUGCCAGCUUUGAUCCCAAAUGCUUCAGUGGCAUCAAGGUGCCCCUCUCUGGUCUCCAGACCCUGAAGGUUCCUACUGCUGCUCAAGCUGGAGCCAAGACUGGGAGCAGGCAGCAGAUCUAUAGCAUCCUGGCAUCCAACCACAGUACCUCAGAACUCCGCCUGCUCACCAGUGACAAGAAGCCGUCAAAUGGCAUGGUUGUUGGUCCUGCUUUUUCAGGCUUGCUUAAUGUGUGCGAGACCUACGGAGACAGCAGCAACAAUCAGGCCCCUCAGGUCAUCCCCGCUGCUCCAGCCCCCUCAAUACCGCCUGGACUCAAACAGCGAUUCCAGCCUUUUGGCAGCAAGACCCCCACUCUUACCUGCGUGGCAGAGAAUGAGUUGGAUGGAGUUGCCUUUGGGCCCUCUUCCACAACUCUCCGACCUCUGGUAGUCAAACGAUUCAUAGAAGAAGCAGGUCAAGAAGAAGAAGAUGAGGAGGAGGAAGAGGAAGGGAGGAAAAAGAAGAAGAAAAAGAAGGAAAAACGGAUAAAAAAAGAGCGACUAGAGGAAGUGGUGAAUGUGAAAGAGGAACCUGUAGAUGAAUUUCGGGAAGAAGUAAUGAUGGAGCUCCCCUUCCAGGAGGGUGAUUAUUCUGUGGAGAAGAGGAAGAAGAAGAAGAAAAAGAAGGACAGAGAGCGAGAGGAGGUGGAGGAGGGACUGGAGCCCAGUGUCAAAGUCAAGGUGGAAGAGGUGCCUGUGAAAUGUGAACCCAUGGACACAUUCUUUGGUGAAGAAGUGGAGGUCUCAGGAAAGAAGAAGAAAAAGAAAAAGAAACUCAGAAGUGAUGGUGACUAGUCUGGUGUCAUUUUGGAGUUUUUUAGUUUUGUUUGUUUCCUUUUGACCAUGUGAGCACGUCAGAGACAGUUUACUGCUUAAUUACUUCGCUAUUGUUGUUGCCAAGACGUUGGCAUGGUGUUGCUCAACAAAAGGGCACGUUGUGAAUACAAUGAGUAGUGAGGUGAAUUAUAAAGACGAUUCACUCUAGCAUCUUUAAGACAAAUGUUCAUUUCAGUUUGGCCAGAUGGAGACAGAUUCACACACAAUGUGUGCAGCUGGAGGCAUCAGCGACUACAAAACUGAUAAGAGUGCACAUGAUAAUGGUGUCAGGAACCACAACAGAUUUGAGCAAUGCCACAGCAUCUCAUUAGAUUUAGCAUUUGUUUUAGUGUUUUUGUAAACAGUGUGAGUCCAGUUCUGGAGACCUUUUUUGUUUCAUGAAAACAAAUGUCAUGAAGUCCAAAAGCGAUUAAA